UCGUUGUUCGGUUUGUUAUUUUAACGUUUUUUAAAAGUGAAUAAGUUUAUUAAUAAAAACAAACCUCAUCCGGCGUGUUUGUUCAAGUGAAAAUAUUUAACCAUGGCCGGUUUUUCGCAAUCGUUCCUACUCGGCGACUGCACACUGGAGUCGUUGGAAAAUCAAGCUACCAAAAAAUCCGAUGCUCAACAGAGAAAACUUCCAUCGACUCCCGGUCGCAGUUCAAAAACCAACGGCGGUUCCGGCAGCAGUCAAACAGGCAAACGACAAAACUCCGACGACCAGCAGCAGCUGGAAGUGAUCGAUGAAUCCCCGACGAGUUCGGCGCGCACCGGAACCGGAACUGGAACGCACCGACGUCAGAAGAGCGUCCGGGAACGGUUAAAAACAAUCGGAACACAAUCACGGUCCCGAAAGGCACUCAAAAGACACAAAUCGGACUCGGUAGUUGCAAAAACCGGCGGUGGAGAAAAGCAGCAACUGAAAUCGAAAAGUGAAAGCCGGGAACAGAUUAACGCCGUCGCCGUCGAGGAGCUGGGCUCGGAACUAUUUCGCAGCGACGUAUGCUUCGGUGGUGCUUCCGGAACCACACAGUCGAAGACGGCCGGGAAAGAGAAUCGAGAACAGGUGGUUCGGCAGCAGGAGGAAAUCAAUAUUUCGGCCCUGUUGUUGGAUACCGAUUUGAAUGUCGAUGUAACGAAUCGCCUGAAUCCCGACAAUGAAGACCGCCCAGCAGUUAGUCCCACGAAAAAGCCUCGACACAGUCAGCAAAUUCCGGAGGACAUGUUCGGUAGCAGCAAUUUUUCGAUGGACCUCCUGCCUCGUAGUCAAAGUUUGCUGGUAGAAAAUCCUGCUGAUCCAGCUUCUUCGCCGAAGCAAGCUCCUGAUGGCAACAACGAGUACGAAAGUAUGUUCGAUCAAAGCGCCUUUACCCUGGACGUGGCCCCGCCGGUUGAUGAAAGUUUGGACCGAGCGAAUCGUACCUUGAAGGAUUGCUUGGCCAGUGAAGAUUUACGGGAGCUUUCGGAGCUUCAAGAAUCUUUACGAGUCCGCGAGGAUGACUUGGAAGAAGGAUUCGGAUCGCUAAUAGUGGAAAAUGUCAGUUUCACCCAGGUGCCUAUCGAUUCAAACGGUGGGAAUCUCCAGCGAGGCUUGGUUGAAAAAAUAGCUAGCAUUCGACAAGAAGUGCUGGUAAGUUUGUCUCAAACCCGAGAAACUGCUGCCUCUCAAAAACCGAUAAGCGUUUCAAUACGGAAGGAAGAAUCUCAAAAAUCAGCAAUGAGUUUAAGCGAAUCGAAAAAUCCCCGAUUAGUAGCCAGUUGGGGUCUUCCGGAAGCAGUUACAAAGGCUUAUGCUCGAAAAGGGGUGACUGAACUGUUUCAAUGGCAAGCCGAUUGCCUGUCGCAGCCGAAAGUUCUUUUGGACUGUGCUAAUCUCGUCUACAGAGCUCCGACUUCCGGUGGCAAAACUCUUGUUAGCGAAUUUCUGCUGGCCAAAACUGUAGUGGAGAGAAAGCGAAAAGCGAUCCUAAUCCUGCCGUUUGUUGCGGUGGCCCGGGAAAAAAUGUUCUACCUCCAGGAGCUGCUUUCUCCUGCCGGUGUCCGGGUCGAAGGUUUCUUCGGAGGACAUAGCCCUCCCGGUGGCUUCGAUUCCGUUGACAUUGCCGUUUGUACAAUCGAAAAAGCCAACUCAAUCACCAACCGGCUGUUGGAGCAGCAAAAGUUGGCCGACGUUGGACUGGUUGUGGUCGAUGAGGUUCAUCUGAUUUCCGACCCUUCACGGGGCUACAUUCUGGAACUGUUGCUCACCAAGAUUCGGUUCGCGGCUCAGAAACUUAACGAACGCAUUCAGAUUGUUGCAAUGUCGGCUACGAUUCCGAAUGUAGAACUGCUUACCGACUGGCUCGAGGCCGAACAAUUUGAGACCGACUUUCGACCGGUGCAGCUACAAGAAAUGCUCAAGCUUGGAACAUGUUUGUACGAUAAUAGGAAAAAGUUUGUUCGACGCCUGGACACUUCGUCUUUCAAGGACGUUAUGCCGGAUCAAGAUCAGGUUGCCCAACUCUGCUUGGAAACGAUCCUCGAAGGAUGUUCGGUCAUCGUGUUCUGUCCUUCGAAGGAUCGCUGCGAAAAGCUUACCCUGCAUCUGGCCGAAUUCAUCUACGUUCUCACCAAAUCGGAAACCGAUCUGGGCAAACAACUUCGCACCGAGCUGAACCCUGCCAAGCUUCAAGAAGCGGUCGGACUGUUGAAAAAUUGUCCCACCGGACUGGAUCAGGUGCUGGGGAAAACGGCUCACUAUGGGGUCGCCUACCACCAUGCCGGGUUGACGGCCGACGAGCGGGACAUUAUCGAGAGUUGCUUCAAGUCGGGAAUGGUUCGAAUCAUUGUCGCCACCAGUACACUAAGUAGUGGAGUGAAUCUCCCGGCCAGGCGGGUCAUCAUUAGGACCCCGCUGUUCGGUGGUGGGCCCAUGAGUUCGCUAACCUAUCGACAGAUGAUAGGGCGCGCGGGUCGCAAGGGCCAGGAUACGAUGGGCGAGUCGAUUUUGAUGUGUGAUAGUGCUAGCAGCAAAGCCGGGUGGAGUCUGGUGGAGGCCGAUCUAACCCCGAUUGGUUCCUGCCUGGAUAAGGAUGGUUAUAGCCACCUGAAACGAGCGAUCCUGGAGGUUAUUGCAGCCGGUGUUGCCUCGACCCCAUCGGAGCUGGAAGGUUUCGUGAACUGUACCCUGUACAGCCGGGAAAAGCGUGACCAACCGUUCAAGUUCAACACCGAAAUACUGCACCAGCCGAAUCCGGUUCGAUGGACCCGCGCCAACAAAUCGGAAAGCGUCAAGGACCCUGGAUCGGAAUCUUCUAGCGAAACCCAUCGGGAUCCCAUCGGUGAGUGCAUCCGAUUCUUGCUGGAGUACGAAUUCAUCCGGGUACAAGCCGAUGCUGAUGGCGAUGGUGAAGCCCUGAUACUUUGUGCUACUCAAUUGGGGAAGGCUUGUUUGGCGGCCUCGAUGCCUCCUAGGGAUGGGUUUCUGCUGUUCAGUGAGCUGCAAAAGUCGAGACAAUGUUUUGUGUUAGAAACGGAACUGCAUGCCAUCUACCUGGUGACGCCCUACUCGGUUGCUUACCAGUGGCAGAACAUCAACUGGAUGAGCUACUUGGAGAGAUGGGAAAAGUUAUCCGCGGCGGAAAAGCGUGUCGGCGAUCUGGUUGGGAUACGGGAGGCUUUUCUUGUCAAAGCGAUUCGGGGCAAAGUGGACGACCAUCAGGCGCUUCAGAUUCACAAACGUUUUUAUACGGCCCUAGCUCUACAGGAGUUGGUUAACGAGGUGCCUCUGUCGGAAGUGGCUAGCAAGUUUUGCUGUACCCGUGGUUUGCUACAGAGUCUGCAGCAGGUUGCUGCCACCUUUGCCGGAAUCGUGACGGCUUUCUGCACCGCCCUGAACUGGAAUUUGCUAGCUCUGAUAGUGUCACAGUAUCGGGAGAGGUUGUUUUUCGGAAUUCAACCUGAUUUGAUGGAUCUGAUGCGGAUACCUAGCUUAAACGGCCAACGAGCUCGAUUGUUGUUCAAUGGAGGGAUUGUUGGAUUGGUAGAAUUGGCCAACAGCGAUCCGUUGAUUUUGGAACGUAUUCUCUACGGAGGAGUAGGUUUUGAAACGGAGCAACGUCGCGAAGGAGAGGAUGAAUUUGAAGCUCGAAAACGAAUGAACACCCGAAAUAUGUAUGUAACAGGACGAUCUGGUCUAACGGUACCAGAGGCUGCUCGUUUGAUGAUACGUGAAGCUCGAAACUUCAUCCAACUAGAAACGGGAAUCCAUAACCCCGAUUGGAAUGAAACCGAGACAAUUGAUAAAGAGCAAACUGAAACGAUUGCUGAAUCAGAACCUCAAUUAGAAGUUCAAGCUGAAUCAAAACCGACUGAUGCCAUCUCUGAAAACAGUAAACAAGCCACGGCGAAUUCGUUUGAAGUUUCUGAAGCGGAAAGCAACCAGGACAUUGAAUGUUUUCAUAACUCUCUUAUUAUGAAUUUUUCGCACGUUUUAAGCGAAGAUAAAGAUGAUUCAACCCGUUCCGGUUCGACAAAGUUUGACAGCAUCAACAUAGUUGAUGUCUGCGCUGAUCGGAAACUGUUCCAGAGCUUUAGAGAUCAUUUGUCCAAGACGACAUCGAUAAGUAUAGCCUUCGGAAUCAGUAAGUUCGACAGUGCUAAAUCGGUGAUCGGAGGAAAUCUACUUAUCAACCAGCAGUCUAGUUCAGAAAACGAAGAAAUCCGCAAGAAUUUCACCUUUAUUUCCGAGGACAAUUUGUAUAUGACCGGAGUGGCUUUCACCUUUCCGGAAACGAAUGAUUCCCAGUCGGCAAAUGUGGUCUACUACAUGAGCCUUCGGAAAUGUGCCACUAUUCGGUCCGAAGAAAAACAACGACUGGUUGGCGAGCUGUUCUUCAAAAGGGAAGAUUUGACGGUAGAUCUGUACGAUGCGAAAGAGCAAAUCAAGAUGGGCUACCGAACCGGUCUGCUAACCAUGAACCAGGAGCUGAUCGUUGGGUUGCGGGAUCCCAAGGUAGCCUGCUGGCUGUUGCAAACCGAGGAUAAAAUGAUCCCCCUUGCAGCGAUGGUUCAACAAUACUGCCCGGAAUUGACAGCAAUGUGCCAACUGGCGGGUCAUUCUACCGGAUCGUCGUCCCCGGCUUUGAAUUAUAACAGUAGCAUCGAUGCAAGGAUACGCUGCACCGUGGAAAGUUUACUGGUUAACUACCUGAUCCGAGCCCAGGUGGACCAGCUCGGGGAGCUGGAAGAGCGUUCCGAGGAGAUGGUUUCCUCGUUUUGUAACCGCGAAAUGCCGGUCCAUGGGGCGCUGGCGCGAAUGGAAAUGGUUGGAUUUCCAGUCGACGGGCGAAAGUUGAGCCAGCUGAUAGAGCGGCUCCAAAAAGCGAAGGAACGGAUAAGCGAUCGGGUUCGGACGUUGAAUGGAGGCCGUCGGUUGGAUUUCAGUUCUACAAGUGAGGUGGCAGCAGUGCUGAAAAUAGCUCGGGAUCCCAAAAGUGGACGAACCAAAACCAAUCGACAGGUGCUGGAAAAAAUCGAUUCACCGUUGGCAGCUCUGGUGAUUGCGUAUCGUAAAAUUGAGAGCAAUUUGAGCAGGACGAUUGAGCCACUGUUCAGGACUAUCAGAAAUGAGAAGAGAAUUUUCGGAAACAGUUUCUGUUACACAACGACCGGGCGAAUAUCGAUGCAUGAACCAAAUCUUCAGACCGUGGUAAAGGAUUUCAAGGUGGAAAUUGAUCCCAAUCAUGUCGAAACCUUCAGCUGUCGAAGUACCUUUUCGUGUUUGGAUUCAACGAAAACGCUUCUGUCGGCCGACUUUUGUCAGUUAGAACUUUGCGUUCUUACGCACCUGUCCCAGGAUCGAAAGCUACUAGCCGUAAUGAAUGGUCGCAAAGAUGUUUUCCGGGGCAUUGCCGCCAAAUGGAGUCACAUUCCGAACGAAGAUGAAGUAUCCGAUGAUGUGCGGAACUACACCAAAGCCAUAGUGUACGGUGUAAUCUACGGGAUGGGGGCCAAGUCGAUGGCAGCCGAAUUACACGUCGACGAAGACACGGCUCGCACUCUGAUGGAACAGUUUCAUUCCACCUAUCCGGAGAUUCGACGGUACACGGACAAAGUCAUACAGAUAACCAGAGAACGGGGCUACAUAGAAACGUUGACUGGGAGACGUCGCUAUUUGCCGGCCAUCAACAGCACCGAUCAGCGGAGACGUUCGGAGGCCGAACGACAAGCCGUGUGCACAACUGUGCAAGGCUCGGCUGCAGACAUCCUUAAGAAUGCCAUCCUACGCAUGAGUCGAAAUCUACGAAAAUAUCGAUCCACCCUCCAUCUGGGACAGGUAGAGCUGGUCCUACACAUGCACGAUGAGCUCAUUUUUGAAGUACCUAGUGACCAGAUGCGAAAGGUAGCAAAAAUUCUGAAGUCCAGUAUGGAAAAUUGUGCCAAACUUAGUUUACCGCUUCGAGUGAAGGUCAAGUCCGGUCCCAGCUGGGGUGAGAUGAAAGAAAUUCAUCUUUGACGAGGUCACUCACCACAUUAGAAUUGAUGUCGACGACCGGUUUGCGUAGCGCUGUAGAUUUCUUGAUGACUACUGUUUGGUCGGGCGCUGCUUCAACUGCUUCCGGUGGUCCAGUUGUAUUUUCAACACAAGUGCUGCUUCGAUGAAUUUGGUUAUGACAAUGAUUGCAAACAAAAGGCUGGCCUCUGUAGGAAACUUGCGUUUCUUCACCUUGGAUGGUAACGAAUAAUUCGAUGUGUUUUCUCAGAAUCAUCUUUACAAUUCUGACGCCAGACAAAACACCUUUGAAUUUAAAACCUUCCUUCCAGAUUUCAUCCUUGAUUGAAAGCACUUCUCCAUACAUGUUCAGGAAUGAACAGAUUUCAUCAUUCCGAACAUUUUCGGAUAAGUCAUAGAUAUUCACUUCGAUUCCGCCAUCAUCCAUGCUUAGUUGCACCCUAGAACGCGUGUUGCCCACUUGGAUCAUGCGUCGUUCGUUGUGUUCAAUAACCACAUUUAGAGCGGUUUUGUAAUCCACACACUUCACAUGUGCACAUUUUUGCACAUGGUUUAUUUGUAGGCGUAUUACUUGUUUCGGGGAAAGACCAAGCGGUCCAUAAACAAAAUCAUGAAUUUGUUCGUGCGACGGGCGUUUGUAAAAGUUACUUAAAUGAAUCUUGAAGGUAUUUUCUCGCACUCCGAUAGACAUUGUCACGCACGGACCGAACGCUUUAAGCUCUUAAAGCAAAACUUAAGUGCGAAACGUGAAAACUGCUGAUACAGUACAACUCAAAGAUCUAGUGAAACACGUCUGCCUGCAACGUGGCCUUGAGCCGAACUACG